GAGAACUGCUGAAUUUUCUGCUUCAUUGCCUACUUUUUUUUCCCCAUUUAGUUUGCCUGAAGCUUGUUGGCGGUUGUGUAGGGCUGGUGUGCGGCUGGAGCUGUCUGAGCCAUGAACAGCUUCAGGGCUGCCAUCCUCUUCUGGGCAGUGGCAGGAUGGGCUAAAUCAGGCAAGCCUCCAGGAGAGACAGAUGAAGUUGGAUUUCAAAAAUGCAAGAAUGCCUUGAAACUACCUGUCCUGGAAGUCCUACCUGGAGGGGGCUGGGACAAUCUGCGGAAUGUGGACAUGGGACGGGUGAUGGACUUGACUUACACCAACUGCAGGACAACUGAGGAUAGACAGUAUAUUAUCCCGGAUGAAAUCUUCACCAUUCCCCAGAAACAGAGCAACCUGGAGAUGAACUCAGAAAUCCUGGAAUCAUGGAUAAAUUACCAGAGCAGCACAUCCUACUCCAUCAACACAGAACUCUCUCUUUUUUCCAAAGUCAAUGGCAAAUUCUCCACUGAGUUCCAAAGAAUGAAGACCCUUCAAGUGAAGGACAAGGCUGUUACUACCCGAGUUCAGGUGAGAAACCUGAUCUACACAGUCAAAAUCAACCCAGCUUUAGAGCUAAGCUCAGGUUUUAGGAGGGAGCUCCUGGACAUCUCUGACCGUCUAGAGAACAACCAGACAAGGAUGGCCACCUACCUGGCAGAACUCCUUGUCCUCAACUAUGGCACCCAUGUCAUCACCAGCGUGGAUGCUGGGGCUGCUCUUAUUCAGGAGGACCACAUCAGGGCCUCCUUUCUCCAAGACAGCCAGAGCAGUCGUAGCGCCCUGACUGCAUCUGCUGGAGCUGCCUUCCAAAACAUUGUGAACUUCAAAUUUGAGGAGAACUAUACCUCACAGAAUAUCCUCACCAAGAGCUACCUCUCAAACAGAACCAACUCCAGGGUGCAGAGCAUCGGAGGGGUUCCUUUUUACCCAGGCAUCACCCUCCAGGCUUGGCAGCAGGGCAUCGCCAACCACCUGGUGGCCAUCGACCGCACUGGCCUGCCUCUGCAUUUCUUCAUCAACCCCAACAUGCUGCCUGACUUGCCAGGCCCCCUGGUGAAGAAGGUGUCACAGACGGUGGAAACUGCUAUUAAGCGCUAUUACGCGUUCAACACCUACCCUGGCUGCACAGAUCUCAAUUCUCCCAACUUCAAUUUUCAGGCCAACACAGAUGAUGGCUCCUGCGAAGGAAAAAUGACCAAUUUCUCUUUUGGUGGGGUUUAUCAGGAAUGCACUCAGCUCUCAGGGAAUGGGAAUGUCCUCCUCUGCCAAAAGUUGGAGCAGAAGAAUCCACUCACUGGUGCUUUCUCCUGCCCCUCUGGCUACUCCCCAGUGCACCUGCUAUCCCAGAUCCAUGAAGAGGGUUACAACCACCUGGAGUGUCAUAAGAAGUGCACAUUCCUCGUCUUCUGCAAGACAGUGUGUGAAGAUGUGUUCAAGGUGGCAAAGGCUGAAUUUAGGGCUUUUUGGUGUGCAGCCAGUAGCCAAGUACCUGAACACCUAGGAAUGCUUUUUGGGGGCCUCUUCAGCAGCAAGAACAUAAACCCCAUGACAAAUGCACAGUCAUGCCCAGCUGGCUACUUUCCACUGAGACUCUUUGAAAACCUCAAGGUAUGUGCCUCUCAGGACUAUGAGUUGGGAAGCAGGUUUGCGGUUCCCUUUGGUGGGUUCUUCAGCUGCACAAUUGGGAACCCCUUGGUGGAUCCUGCUAUAUCCAAAGACUUAGGGGCACCGUCUCUGAAAAAGUGCCCUGGGGGCUUCAGCCAGCACCUAGCCCUCAUCAGCGACGGAUGCCAAGUGUCCUACUGCGUCAAGUCUGGGCUCUUUACAGGAAGGUCCCUGCCGCCUGUCAGGCUCCCACCUUUCACUCGGCCACCCCUCAUGAGUCAGGCUGCCACCAAUACUGUCAUAGUGACCAAUUCUGAGAAUGCAAGAUCCUGGAUUAAAGACUCCCAGACCCACCAGUGGAGGCUGGGAGAGCCGAUAGAGCUGCGGAGGGCCAUGAACGUCAUUCAUGGGGAUGGUGGUGGUCUGUCAGGAGGGGCUGCAGCUGGGGUCACAGUGGGGGUCACCACCAUUCUGGCUGUUGUCAUCACCCUGGCCAUCUACGGCACCCGGAAGUUCAAGAAGAAAGCAUACCAGGAAAUCGAAGAGAGGCAGAGUUUGGUUCCAGGCACUGCAGCAACUGGAGACAUCCCGGACCAAGUGCAGGUGCAGAGUCCAGCUUAAAUCUCUCCCCGAAAAUGGCUUCUCUCAUCUCCUACCAGUGUGGUCAUUUCUGAUCACUCUGUUUUCCUAAGUAUUGAAAUGGCAAGUGCAACCAAAAGUAGGUGUAACUUUGUGACUUCUUGUUUAGGUCUCUGGGUCAGGAAGUUCAUAUUGUUACAGGGGUAAGAGUGGGGUUGGGGAGAGGGAACAGCUGGGACUAGAAGCAAAAGCCAUUCUGGGACUAAAAUAUGAAGCAGGUGUCCUUUCGCAAUGUGUGUUGCUGUCUUCACCUGAAUGCAUUUGUGUAAAAAUAGAGGAGAAUGUUAAUGUUUGGAUUUGGAAGCUCUGAAUUUACUCUGAAGUUUGCCACUGCUUCCAAUUUGUGAGCUCUAAGAAUUUCUGCCUGUAAGAACUACCCUCCUUCUAUUUUGAUAUAUAUAUGUUUGAGAUAGUCUCGUUCUGUUGCCAGGUGCCAGGCUAGAGUGCAGUGGCACUAUCUUGGCUCACUGCAACCUCCGCCUCCCGGGUUCAAGCAGUUCUCCUGACUCAGCCUCCCGAGUAGCUGGGACUACAGGUGCGCGCCAGCUAAUUUUUGUAUUUUUAGUAGAGACGGGGUUUCAUCAUGUUGGCCAGGAUAGUCUCGAUCUCUUGACCUCAUGAUCCGCCCACCUCGGCCUCCCAAAGUGCUGAGAUUACAGGUGUGAGCCACUGCACCCGGCUCUAUUUUGAUUUUUAAACAGCUGUCUGAAUUUCACAGUCUUAGAGCCUGGAAGAGCCCUGAAAAGACAUAAGUCUUGCUUGACUACUGCUUUUUAACUUUGAGGGCUCCAUGUUGACAGUGUUAUCUCCUUGGGGUCACCUCAAAAACGUGAAAAGAAUGAUGUUGCCUGUGCCAAUUCCACUUUUUCCAGCUGGCCCAUGAUGAAGACUCCCUUAGACCAGACCACUCUUGGACUUCUGACUAGUGUCAUCAAGUCCUCAGAAAAUAUUUUAAUUUAUAAACUUCUAUUAGUGGGUUAAAGAGGAAGGGAUGAUUUGGAGACAAGGAAUAAGGAAAGAUAGGUAAAAACUGAAAAAGAUUUGAGGGUAAAAAAGGCAAGAAGUUAAAGUAAGCCCGCAACUAAAUUUUACUUACUCUGUAGACUCACAACAGAGUAGAUAACACCAAUUAUGCACCCUCAUUUCUUUUCCAGCAGAAAGGGAGCUGACAUGAUCAAAUCCAUGUUUUUCAAAUGAACUGAAAAAGGCAUCUAGCACCACUUUGUGUUAUCUCCUUGGGGUCACCUCAAGUUUGUUUCAGUUCCAGACUGAGCGCCCUGGAGCAUCUAGCAGGAUGUAUGACCUUCAGCUGGCAAUAGUUGGGACUGUGUUCAGUUUUAAUACCAAUCCCUCCUGAUUGUAAUUACCUCCACUACUUUUAUGACCCCCCUACAAUAUUUGUUUAAUGAUACUGUUUAUUCACUGAAUCAUACGUCAUUAAUGAGUUAUCUUCUGUGGAGAACGACUGUUCUCUUUGUUAAUGUUCACAAUCUAGAUCUUGGGCUGAGAAGAGGCCCUUCCCCAGAGCUUGAAGCAUCACAGCAUGUGGGAAGGUGGGAACCAGGUUAUCCAUUCAUUUCCAACUGAGACACAGAGAAGUGAGUCACAGAAUUUGAGCCCUGCUCUCCUGACUGCCCAGCCAGAGACACUGAUUUCUGUAACCCCUUCACUUAACCCUACCCUUUAAGCAUUAAAACAUUCUCUUAAA